AUGGGCAAAGAAGGCUGGGAAGUUGGAGAUGGAUAUGGAGGAAGGCAGAGAAGGGAAAUGGAGGCUGAGUGUCAUUGGAAAGAGCUGCUGAUCCUGUAUGGCCAGUCAUACCUCCAUCAUUCCGGGAAUAUUAACCGAGUUUUGGCGGCUCGAAUAAUUCACACGCUUAUGAGGGGAUAUUGCUUCCAAACGGAUGGCUUGAAUUCUGAUGUGUUUGUCUUCUUUUCAAAAGCAAUGCUGUGUGUGAGGCAGGAGGAGAACACGGCAGGCCUGGAUCAUAUUCUUGCAGCAAUUAAUAUUUUCUGCAGUACGUUUGCUGCCAACUGUCGCAUGCGGAUUUGUAAAAUAGGAGAAGAAAUUUUGCCAACAGUGCUUUAUAUUUGGAGUCAGUAUAGACCAAAAGAUUCCCUGAAAGAGUCAAUAAUUGAGUUAUUUCGUCUCCAAGUUCGCAUUCAUCAUCCAAAGGGUGCAAAAUCUCAGGAGAAAGGUGCAUAUGACUCAGCAAAAUGGCAAAGUAUCUUAUAUAAUCUCUAUGAUCUGCUGGUGAAUGAAAUAAAUCUUGUAGGUAGUAGAGGAAGAUAUUCUUCAGGCUCACGUAGCAUUGCUGUAAAGGAAAAUUUGGUUGAGUUAAUGGCUGAUGUUUGCCAUCAGGUUUUUGUUCAUGAUCCUGGAGUUGAGGAAAUUAGCCAGUCCGACACCAUCUCGCCAAGAGAGGGCAGUGAGGGAGCAGUGCCGAGCAAACGCAGGAAGACUGAGCUAGGCUGGGAUGUGAUUCGAGACAACCUGCAAAGAUCCCAGAAGGAUUUUGAUGUCAUACCUUGGUUACAGAUUGCAGCUCGGUUAAUAUCGAAGUAUCCCAUGAGCCUUCCCAAUUGUGAAAUACCUUUGUUACUCAGUGUACUUCACACGUUGCUGCCCCAGCAGCGACGAGGAGAAAGGACCCUGUAUGUACUGAAGUGCCUUAUAGAGGUGGCAUUGUGUCAAAACCAGAAAAAUGAUUUGAAGAACACCCAGAAAUUGGAGCUCCAGAGAACAUGGGCAAAGAUCUGGUCUCUUACCAUCCGCAGCAUAAGUUUUCAGCAAACUGAAAUAGAGAGUUUUGGGCUGCUCGGAGCCAUGAUUCAAGGAAACCUUGUUGUAACAGAUAAAGAACUCUGGAAGAUAUUUACAGGACCUGUAUGCAAGCCUUCAAGUUCUGCCGUGUGCUGUUUAGCAUUAGUGAUGUCUGCCUGUUCAGUGCCUGAAAAUUUAGAUCUAGGAAUGGAACAGAAUAAUAGUGAAAGAAAUCUGGGUUCCAUGUUAAAGGAGGCGAUAAUGAAAUGGGUGCUAUCCUGCUAUUUGGAGGAAGAAAUGGAAGAAUGUGUGGAGUUGCCUCCUGUGCUAUGCAGUGAUUUUCCUCAUCUUUUGCUGCAAAAAAUUCUCGUGAGCCUUACAAUGAAGAACUGUAGAGCCGCGGUUAAUUUUUUCCAGAGUGCUGCUGAAUGUGUGCAACACUUGCAAGUGAAAGAAGAAAUCAGUUUUUCUGAUGUCGAAGAGCUGUAUCUCCAGACAACAUUUGAUGAAAUGGAUAUUUUCAGUAACUUUGCAGUAAACAGUGGAGAUAAAAAUGUGACUGGUUCAAGACUUGCCAUCAACCAAAAUCUUAGGGAAACAUUGGAGCACUGUCUUACAGUGAUGGCAGAAAAGCUUUUAAGUAACUAUGCUCCUAAGGUGAUUGCUGCAGAACACCUCAUCCGAUGUGUUGGCAUUUUGGUGGGUGUUCUUGGUUGCUAUUGCUACACUGGCAUGCUUACUGAGGAGGAGGCCUGUAAAUCAGAGCUGUUCCAGAAAGCUAAGUCUCUCAUUCAUUACGCUGGAGAAAGCAUUGGUUGCUCUAAAAACAAACUAAAUGAGGAUGCCCAAAUCAACUCGCUGAGAAUUUUGAUAUCGCAGUAUACAAAAUGUUUAUGCAACUGUACCAAGAACACUGCUAGUAGGAUGUUCUCUGACUUAUUUCUGCGCUUGCUAACUUCCAAACUUAUGAAUGAUCUUGUAGAUAUUUGCAAACAUCUGAUGACAAUUACUGGGAAGCCAAAUGAAGUGAGAGAAGUGGACCGAGUGAAGAAUGAUCCUGAGGAGAGUAUAAUGGAAGUAGAUAAUCAGACACCUGAUAAUCUAUUUGAUGGUCCUUCUGUGCCUGAUACCAGUGAUACAAAUGAAUCUGGUGAGAUGCAAAACACAACUGGUGCAGUGAGCCCAUUAGCUGAGGAACAGUUGACAAAGCAGGAUUUACUUCUCCUUGAAAUUCUGAGAUUCUUAUGCAUUUGUGCAACUACAGUCCAGGUUCAGAAAGUAAGCUUCCGAGCCUCCGACGUGAGGAGGAAGCUUUUAAUGCUAACUGAUAGAAGCACCUUCAAUAGUGCUAAACCGUUGCAUCUGCAUAUGUACUUGGUCCUUUUGAAGGAGCUCCCCAUUGAAGAAAACCUCUUGCCUGAAGAUGAUGUUCUUAUGCUUCUUAGGCCUCUUUCUGAUGUGUGUUCCAUGUACCGUCAAGAUCAAGAAGUUUGUAAAGUAAUUCUAAAUAACUUGCUUCCUGUAGCAGUAGGAUUGGCCCAAUCCAACACUGAUGCUGAAGAGAUAGGACAUGCUCAAGGACAAUUUUUGACAGUUGUUGGAGCCUUUUGGUAUUUAGCUCAAGAAGGGAAAUGCACAGCACCAGUAAGAUUGGCUCUUUUAAACUGCAUGAAAGCCUUGCUUGAAGCUGAUCCUCAUUCAAAUUGGGCUAUUCUUAAUGUAAUAAAUAAAGACAUUCCUGUCAGUGGAGCUUUUCCACAUUUUCUCGCAGAUUGUAACCAUCAAGUUCGCAUUCUUGCUGCAAAGUCAAUUACCAGUUUGUUUCAAGAUGUAAAACAGAGAGAUUCUUCUGGAUUGUUGAUACCUCUUCCUUUGAAGAUCCAGCAAAAGGCUUUUGAGAAUGCCUAUCUCCAAGUUCAGGAAGGAAUGAGAAAUCGGGUACCGAAAUCUAGUCACUGUCCUGAAGUUCUUUUGGAUGAGCAGAGUAACAGGAAAGCAGUUUUGUUGAUGCUUAUUACUAUGGUUCUGUGCUGCAGUCCAGUAUGUGAAAAGCAAGCUUUGUUUGCUAUCUGCCAGUCUAUGAAAGAGAAUGGAUUAGAACCUCACCUUGUGAAAAAGGUUUUGAAGAAAGUAUCUGACAUUUUUGGCUAUAAAAAUGUAGAGGACUUCAUGACAUCACAUUUAGACUAUUUGAUAAUGGAAUGGCUGAAAAUAAAUGACAGUGGAUACAGCCUGUCUACUUUUCCAUAUGUUCUUCUGAACUGUACAAGUCUUGAGGAAUUCUACAGGUCUUGUUAUAAAGUUUUGGUUCCACAUCUGGUGAUUAGAAGUGAAUUUGAAGAUGUGAAAUCACUUGCCAACAUGAUUGAAAAAGACUGGAAGCAGGUUCUUGCAGACUGUUUUCCAAAGAUACUUGUGAAUAUCCUGCCGUAUUUUGCCUAUGAAAGCAAUGAGAAAGAGGAAGUAGCAGAGCAAAGAGACACAGCUUCUAAAGUCUACGACAUGCUUAAGGAUGAAAAUUGCUUAGGAAAACAGCAAAUUGACAGUUUAUCUCAUAGUAACUUACCAGAGAUUGUGGUUGAGCUGUUGAUGACCUUACAUGAACCACCUGGCACCAACACAGCAGAAGGAGCUCAUCUAAGUAAAUACAUAAGGGAACUGGAUCCUGCUCCUAAUCCUCCUCAUUUUCCAUCCUGCAUAAUUAAGACAACCUUGGACUAUAUCAGCAGUUGUCAUAAAGGCAAAUCACAAAGUCUCAUAGCAGUUCUUUCUAGAAACCCUGAUUCAUUCCAGAAAAUUCUUCUGGCCCUUUGUAAGCAAGCAUCAGAUACAAACAACGUGUACAAGAAACACAGAGUUCUUACAAUUUAUCACCUGUUCGUUAGUCUGUUACUUAAGGAGAUAAAGGAUGGUUUAGGAGGAGCAUGGGCUUUUGUCCUCCGAGAUGUAAUUUAUACCCUGAUACACCAUAUCAACAGCAGACCCAGUGUUAUCAGAGACGUAUCCAUGCGCAGCUUUUCACUCUGCUGUGACCUUCUUCAUCACGUUUGCCACACAGCGGUCACUUGUUGCAAUGAUGCCCUGGAGAGCCACCUUCCUGUUAUUGUAGGGACUCUCAUACCUCUUGCCGUGGACCAGCCUGAGAUUCAGGAACAGGUCCAUGGCUUGCUGAAGUACCUGGUGAUAGAUAAUAAGGAUAAUGAAAGUCUGUACCAAGCAAUCAAAUGUUUAGAUCCUUUUCCUGAAUAUUCUGCUUUUAAAGAUUUGCGAGCAACUCAGCAGAAGAUAAAAUACAGCAAAGGAGCAUAUUCUCUUUUGGAGGAAAUUAAUCACUUUCUCUCAGUUAGUGUCUGUGAUUCACUCCCCUUAACGCGGCUUGAAGGACUCUAUGAUUUACGCAAACAAUUGGAAAAAUAUAAGGAUCAGAUGAAGGAUCUCCUGAAAUACUGCCAGGAAAACCCAGAAGACUCUGCAAUAGUGAAGUUGGUGGUGAGUUUACUGCAGCUCUCCAAGAUGGCAAUUAACCAUACAGGGCAAAGAGCUGUGCUAGAGGCUGUUGGAAGUUGUUUGGGAGAAAUAGGUCCCAUGGAUUUCUCCACCAUAGCUCUUCAGCAUGCCGAAAAUGGCCUGGAUUCCAAGGCAGUGGACCUCCUUGAAGACAGAAAACAUCAGUGGGUCUUCGUAAUGUUAACUCAAAUAAAUACUGCUUUGACAGAUAAUUGUAUUGAUGUUAGAGCUGCUGCUGUUUCCUGUUUGAAAAACAUUUUAGCCACCAAGUCUGGCAGUGAAUUUUGGGAGAUAUAUAAAAACAAAGCGGAUCCCAUGUUAAUCUAUCUGCAGCCUUUCAGGAUGUCUAGGAAAAAGUUUUUUGCUGUGCCAACUAAUGAUACGGAGCCUCAUUCAGAAACUUUGGAUGACACAAAUCUUUGGGUUCCCCUGGGAGAAAGUCAUGAGACCUGGAUCAAGAGCCUGACUAGUUGCAUCCUGGGCAGCGGGGGUGUGCAGAGUGAGGUUCUGCAGUUAAUGAAGCCGCUGUGUGAGGUGAAAACAGACUUGUGUCGAACUUUGCUGCCAUACCUGAUUCAUGAUAUCCUCCUUCAAGACUCAAAUGAAUCUUGGCGAAAUCUUUUGUCAGUGCAAAUCCAGAAGUUUUUUACAGCCUGUUGUAAAUUUGCCUCAUCAUCCAGUAGAUCUACUACACCACCAAACUCCAGUUCAGAGCAAGAAAGCCAUCUUUUUAGAAGCUUGGAUAAAGUAUCUCGAAGAACCAUGCUUGCGGUUGUUGAUUACUUAAGAAGACAAAAGAGGUCUGUUUCAGGCACAGUUUUCGACGACAGCUUCUGGCUGGAUCUGAAUUACCUUGAGGUUGCCGCCGCAGCGCAGUCGUGCGCUGCUCACUUCACUGCCUUGCUCUAUGCAGAGAUCUAUGCAGACAAGAUAAACAGAGACAAAGAGCAGCAAAGGUCUUCUUUCAAAGCAGCUAAAAGUUUGACAUUUGAGGAAGAAAGUCAAAAAUCAACUAUUACUAUUCUGAAUGAAAAAAGUAAAGAAGAAACUGGCAUAAGUUUACAGGACCUUCUCAUGGACAUAUACAGAAGUAUAGGAGAACCUGACAGUCUCUAUGGCUGCGGUGGAGGAAGAAUGUUGCAGCCAUUAGCACGGAUAAGAACAUAUGAGCAUGAAGCAGUAUGGGGAAAAGCCCUGGUAACAUAUGACCUUGAGACAAGCCUCUCUCCAUCUACUCGCCAGGCAGGGAUAAUAGAGGCUUUGCAGAAUUUUGGGCUUUGCAAUACCCUUUCCACCUAUUUAAAAGGACUGGAACAUGAAAACACUGAAUGGAGCACAGAGCUGCAGGAAAUACACUUCCAGGCAGCAUGGAGGAACAUGCAGUGGGGCCACAUCUCUCCAGCCAAAAGUGAGACAGGAGGACCAGGGUACCAUGAAUCACUGUAUGAUGCUCUUCAGUCUUUACGAGAUAAGGAAUUCACUGCUUUCUAUGACAUUCUUAAAGAUGCCAGAGUGAAGGAAGUUGAAGAACUGUGUAAGGGCAGCCUCGAGUCUGUGUAUUCUUUAUAUCCAACUCUUUGCAGACUACAGAUAAUUGGAGAGCUGGAAAAUACUGGACAGCUGUUCUCCAGAUCUGUUACUACACAACAGCUGAAUGAUACUUAUGUGAAGUGGCAGAGGCAGUCGCUGCUUCUCCAGGACAGUGACUUCCGUUUCCAGGAACCUGUCAUGGCUCUGCGCUCGGUAGUUCUGGGGAUUUUGCUCGAAAAGGAGAAUGAAAACACUAAAAGAGAAUGCAUUAAGGACAUCCUCACAAAUCAUCUGGUGGAGCUCUCUAAAUUGGCAAGAGCUGCUAAAAAUACACAGCUUCCAGAGAGAGCUAUAUUUCAGAUCAAACAAUGCAAUCCAUCAAGAUAUGGGGUUUCCGAAUGGCAGUUGGAAGAGGCUGAAGUUUUCUGGGCUAAAAAGGAAGAGAGUCUUGCACUGAAUAUCCUUAAAGGGAUGAUAAGGAAGUUAGAUGCAGAUCAGUUUCAGGUUAAUAAAGAUCCUCAUCUCAGGCUGGUGUAUACGGAGUGUCUGAGGUUGUGUGGGACCUGGUUAGCAGAAACGUGCUUGGAAAACCCUACAGUCAUCAUGCAGAAAUACUUAGAGAAGGCUGUGGAGAUUGCUACGAGCUGCAGUGGAGAGGACAGUGAUGAGCUGAAGAAGGGAAGGAUGAAGGCUUUCCUCUCUCUGGCUCGCUUCUCCGAUAAUCAGUACCAACGAAUCGAGAACUACAUGAAGUCCUCGGAGUUUGAAAAUAAGCAGGCGCUCCUGAAGAAGGCCAAGGAGGAGGUUGGGCUCCUGCGGGAGCGCAGAGUUGAGACCAAUCGAUACACAGUGAAAGUUCAGCGAGAGCUUCAUUUGGAUGAAUGUGCCAUACAUGCCCUAACUGAGGAUCGUAAACGCUUCCUGUGUAAAGCAGUGGAGAACUAUAUCAGCUGUUUGCUAAGUGGAGAAGAGCAUGACAUGUGGAUAUUCCGACUCUGUUCCCUAUGGCUUGAAAAUUCUGGAGUCGAUAGAGUCAAUGAAAUGAUGCAGAAAAAUGCAGAGAAGAUUCCUUCCUACAAAUUUUUGCCUCUGAUGUAUCAGUUGGCUGCUCGAAUGGGAACCAAGAAGAUGGGUGGCCUAGGAUUUCGUGAAGUUCUGAAUAGUCUAAUAUCUAGAAUUUCACUGGAUCAUCCACAUCAUACUUUGUUUAUAAUACUGGCUUUGGCAAAUGCUAACAAGGAUGAACUCCUGACAAAACCACAAUCAAUAAGAAGAAAUAAAUUAAUUAAAAAUGCACCGAAAGAAAUCUCCCAGCUUGAUGUGGACCGAAUGGAGGCUGCCAGCAAUAUAAUCAAUAUUAUAAGAAGGAAGAGCCCUCGUAUGGUUAGAGAUGUUGAGGCACUUUGUGAUGCUUACAUCACCUUAGCAAACUUAGAUGCUACUCCAUGGAGAACUGAAAGAAAAGGGAUAAGAAUUCCAGCAGACCAGCCAAUUAUUAAACUGAAGAACUUGGAGGAUGUUGUUGUUCCCACCAUGGAAAUUAAGGUGGAUCCCAUGGGAGUCUAUGAAAAUAUAGUGACAAUAAGGUCUUUUAAGCCAGAAUUUCGCUUAGCAGGAGGUGUGAAUCUGCCUAAAAUAAUAGACUGUGUAGGAUCGGACGGUAAAGAAAGGAGGCAACUGGUGAAGGGACGUGAUGACCUGCGACAAGAUGCUGUCAUGCAGCAGGUUUUCCAGAUGUGCAAUACGUUGCUGCAGGAAAACACUGAAACGCGAACAAGAAAAUUAACCAUUCGGAGAUACAAGGUGGUUCCCUUCUCCCAGAGAAGCGGCCUUCUCGAGUGGUGCUCCGGCACGACGCCCAUCGGAGAGUUCCUGGUGGGCAGCGCGGGAGCUCACCAGAGAUACAGGCCGAAGGACUUCUCCAUUUCCGACUGUCAGAAGCUAAUGAUGGAUGCACAAAAGAAACAUUCUGACGAGAAAUACAGUAUCUUUAUGAAAGUCUGCGAGAAUUUUCAGCCCGUGUUCCGUUAUUUCUGCAUGGAGAAGUUCCUGGACCCAGCGGUGUGGUUUGAGAAGCGGCUGGCCUACACCCGCAGCGUGGCCACGUCCUCCAUAGUUGGCUAUAUACUUGGACUUGGAGACAGGCACGUUCAGAAUAUUCUGAUAGAUGAACAAACUGCAGAACUGGUGCAUAUAGAUCUGGGGGUUGCUUUUGAGCAAGGUAAAAUCCUUCCCACUCCAGAGACGGUUCCGUUUCGACUAACGAGGGACAUUGUGGAUGGGAUGGGUAUCACUGGCGUGGAGGGGGUCUUCAGGAGGUGCUGUGAGAAAACAAUGGAUGUUAUGAGGAAUUCACAAGAAGCUCUGCUGACUAUCGUAGAGGUGCUGCUCUACGAUCCUCUGUUUGACUGGACCAUGAACCCUCUGAAGGCUCUGUACCUGCAGCAGAGGACAGAGGACGAGGCCGACAUCAGUUCUACGCUCAAUGCUGAUCCACAGGAAUGUAACAGAACAGCCAGCGAUGAUCAGAAUUUUAACAAAGUGGCCGAGCGUGUCCUGAUGAGGCUUCAGGAGAAGCUGAAAGGUGUCGAAGAGGGAACAGUGCUCAGCGUGGGAGGGCAGGUGAACCUCCUCAUUCAGCAGGCCAUGGACCCUAAAAACCUCAGCCAACUUUUUCCGGGAUGGAGAGCCUGGGUGUAACUCUAAAGGAUCUCAUCUGUUUUCAGAAGA